GCUGAGGCCGAAUUUUACCAGAAAGAUAUGUUUGUAUUGGUCUGUGCAGCUGCGACUCUUAUAGCCUGCCGCGAUGCAUGUGCUCAAUCGACUGAAGAUAAAAAUCAAGUUCAAGUGCACAACGAUUCAACAAAGCUCUUGUCUACAAACCGGACGUUUUACCUUCUCUACCGUUCCGUGAAAAACGAUUCUGACUUUGCCGACGCACAGUGUACUAAAAGGAAGCACUUGGAAGGUUUUGAAAAGAGACAAACUUUCACAGUUUUAAGGGAUAUGCUUUACGUACAUCACAAAGGUCAUAUAAACCGACAUCACGUCGUGAUCACUCCGAAUAAAUCGAACGAAAUUCUCAAAUACAAUGACUCGAUGACAACCAAAACCAUAAUGUUUCCAUUCCCAGGACCGAAAUAUGAAGAUCUGCUCUUUACCGACUAUUCAACCUGCUUCACGGUGAGAAAGCCCACAAAUGGCGUGUACGAGUUGUGGUCGAUUGGCAGGCCGAAUCUUACAAAUAUAAACCCAAAGUGCCGUUCUGCCUACGAAGAGGAUCCCGAUAUUUCUGGCCCCUCUGUCGCUAGACCAAAAUAUGAUAUCUUCGACGAGACUGUAUGCUGCCACACAAGGCCCAUUGAAUAA